CGCACACCGGCAGGAAUAGGCUCGGCUCGGCUCGAUCCCGGCUCCGCUAUGGAGGCGCUGCGGGCGGCGGGGCGCGCCGUGCUGCGGAGCCCGCGCCUCGCCCGGCACGGUCUGGGUCUCCGUCGGCGGCGCAAACUUCCUGAGAGCUGGGCCGAUAUGCAGGAGCCACUGCUUGAAGGGAUGUGCUUCACCCUCAAGUAUCUGGGCAUGACACUGGUAGAAAAACCAAAAGGAGAAGACAUGGCUGCUGCUGCCAUCCGCAGGAUCGUGGCCACGGCACGGGUUGGAGCUCGCAAGUUUCAGAAGGUGAUUCUGACAGUAUCUCCAAGGGGCAUCUCACUGCAGGAUGCAGACACGAAGGAGAUGGUGGAGAACAUCUCCAUCUACAGGAUCUCCUACUGCACAACAGACAAGCUGCAGAACAAGGUCUUUGCUUAUGUUGCCCAGAGCCAGGAGAGCGGGGCACUGGAGUGCCAUGCCUUCCUCUCACCCAAGAAGAAGAUUGCCCAGGCUGUGACUCUGACUGUGGCCCAGGCCUUUCAGAUGGCACUGGAUCUCUGGGAAGCAACACAUGCAGGCUCUAGGCAGGAUCAGCCCCUUCACCCUUCAUGUGUCUUGGAGAGCAGUGAGGCCAGCAGACCCUGUGAGCCAGUCCCCGCAGGGAGCACUCCCUUCACACACCACUUUGGGGAGGAGGAGGAGGAGGAGGAGGAAGAUGAUAAUGUCGGUGAAGCCUUGUCUGGAAUUAAUACCUCUUGUGCCCCCAUCGAGCUCUCCUACAGCACAGCUACUGUGCUACCGCCUGGGGCCGCCCCCGGACAGCUGGGCCGUGCUGGGAGGGGCUGGAGACUCCCCCUGCACUGGCACCAGGACUGCUGGAUCAAGUUCUCCCCUGGGCUAAGCCAAAUCUCUGCAACAACGGACCAGCCACUCAGGAUUCACCCUGUGCCUGCACCUGGGCCAGCCAGUGCCUGCUGCUGCCCUGGCACCGCCCGGUUGGCACGGGGGCUGCUGGCACUGCUGCCAUGGAGUGCACAGGCUGCAGCACCUGCUCCUUGUCCUGUGCUGCCUGCAUGAACCGCCUCGAGCUGCAGCUGCUCCCAGCUGGGGCGGGGGACCUGUGCUCCUCGCUCUGCUCACUGCCAGGCCAUGCAGGCCCCCCUGCCUGCUCUGAGCCUGCCUGAUACAGGCAGUGUACACCCUCAGGGAGCAACAGCUCUUGGCCUGGAGCAGUGCGUGAUGAAGGCCUUUCCCCUGCAGUUCAGCCCCACACCCUCUCACAAGUGAAAUGACCUGGUUUUUAAAGGAAAGCUCUGCCUUUAGAGAGAAAUAAACUGAG